UCACUGGAGCGUGUGGAGUGUAUCCUGUUCUUUUGUCUCUCCACCUGUCCCGUGCGUAAUUUCACUUUCAUAAUACCGGUGAUCGACAAAGAUCUUAUGAGAGCUGUGGGUUCACAAUCCUGUUGAUUCCCAAUGGCAGACGGUCUGCCUUCAGGAUUACUGGAAGCAUGUAUCGUUGUUGGACCUGCAAAUGAUAAACUGAAGGAGCUGUCCCAGUCUUUGCCGCACUUGAAUGGAAGUCUUCUACCGCUGCUGGAUCCUGAGGUCCUACAGGUCCAUGCACCCCCAUUUGUGUCUAAAGAGAGUCUCAGUGAACCAGCCGAGAGAAACUUCAGCCAGACCCAGCAACAGCGCUUCUUCAUUAAGAAGAAAAAUGAUAGGCCUGGUAUUAAGGCUGGAAACCCCAAAGAAGAAACCACAGAGAACGUUAGUGUUCCCAAAGACCUGGAUCUGGUGGCUCUGCCACAACUCUGCUUUCCAGGUGGGCUUCAGAUAACUAAGGAGCAAAAGGAUGAACAAUUUCACUUCCUAGUCUUUACUGACAUGUUUGGAAACCAGUCUCAUGGAGUAGUUCUCCAGUACUAUAGAGCAAUACAGGAAGGGAUGCAGAAUGGACAUCAGUCCUUGUACAAGUCUCCGCAACUCUACAUUGCUUAUGCAGUAUGUGUUAUAUCAAAACACCCAUAUUACAAUGCACUCAAAGACUGUCUGUCUAGCCUCUUAUUUCAGCUCAAAAUCUGUCAAAUGACUGAUAUGGAAGAGCAAGUGAGGGAGUUCUCUGCUAAACUGGCUCUAGUCCCAGUUCCUCCUCCUGGUCAACUGUAUGUGAUGUUCACCUUACGACCUCUGACGAUUGUCCUUCCAUCCAGAGAAGAUAAAUAUCAUCCUGUUAUCGACCUGGACUUACAUCUUCCACUCCUCUGCUUCAAGUCCAGAGAGCUGCUGCAGAUCAUAGCCUGUAUACUCACAGAGCAGUGUAUGGUGUUCUUUUCCUCGGACUGGGCCAAACUGACCCUGAUCGUAGAGUGUCUCAUGCUGUAUAUUUGGCCCCUGCACUGGCAGCACCCACUGGUGCCUAUACUGUCUCAACAUAUGCUUGACUUUGUUAUGGCACCGACUGCCUUCCUCAUGGGAUGCCACAUCAGCCAUUAUGAGGACGUUGCCAAGUUAACUGAUGACCUGAUUCUGAUCGAUAUUGACGAGGGAACCGUGUCCUGCUCUGGCUGUCAUCACGUUGACGUCCCUGACACCCCACAGGCAGCUGCUCAGCGUUUCAAGUGUCGAAGGAAAGGUCUUCAAUUACACUAUGACCUGGAAGUGGUUCAUCAGAGAAUCUGUAGCAAUCUUAAUGAGCUGCGGAUGCAGAGAAAGCUCUGGCAACACAGGCUCAAUUUGGAAAUACAAAACAUCACCCUGGAGCUCAUCGUUAACAUGUUUAGAGAUGUCAGUGAUUACCUUAAUAUCGAACACAGAGUUUUUAACACUGAUGAGUUUCUGAAGACCAGGGAGCCAGGCGACCAGCCAUUUUAUAAAAAGGUCUUGGAAACACACAUUUUCCACUCAUUCUUGAAAGAACGUUUGAAUGGAAAAAUAGAUCAAUUUACCCAAAUGGAGCUUAGUUCUCAGACAGAAGACCAAAAAUUGAGUAGAUCGAUGGAUUACUCACGCAGACCCACUAUAAAGGAAAUAGUUUCGCGAAAUGGUUCUUUAGACAGCGGUUUGAGUGAACGCUUGGGCUCAAGUCUCCCUGACUUGGACAACAUGAAACACCUGAGUGUCCUCAAACAGAUGUCUCCAACUAAGAUCAUUCCUGAUAAGCCUAUGAAUAUACCAGUCAGGCCAGUCAAGAUCUUCCAGCUUCCAGAAUUCCCUUCUCCAUCGAACCACCCCAACAUACUCCAUUACUUUGGAGAUCUUAUCCUCCAGCUGAACAAAGUCAUAUCAGCUGCACCACCUCAGGAUUCCUCCCUGCUAGCAAGAUACUUGUACCUGCGCGGCAUCAUCAACAUGCUGAGUUCUAAGCGCUUGGAUGCCCUCAGCGACUUCCAGGACCUCUACAAAACAGAUAUUGAGAUUUUUCCUGGAGAGCUGGUGAAGACACUGGUGGACUCUCUGCAGAACGAGGAGAAAGUCCAGGCAGAGAAGAGAUCUGAGCUCAAACGGCUCAUCUGUCAGGUGAAGAACAAUGAAAAGAGCGAGCAUGGGGAAUCGGACUAUCACGUGAAGAAGUUCGAGCUGCCCAAGAGCCCCAUGCAGCUGGAGGAGUUUGUGAAGUGCACUCAGCAGUCUGGUAUUGUGCGGGACAUGGCCACUUCACAGAGACUGUUUGAAGCUCUCACUGUCGGUGGGCCGAUGCAUAUUCAUCCAGAGAUGUUCAGAGUGUUUUAUAACUUCUGGAAACAGGCAGAGGCAGAAGCACAGGACAUUGACCUGCCUGCUGAGGUCCUGGAACGCCUAGACAACAGUGAGUGUGUGUACAAGCUGUCCAGCUCUGUGAAGACUAGUUAUGGCGUUGGUAAAAUCGCCAUGACUCAGAAAAAGCUCUUUCUGCUGACCACAGGCAGAUGUGAAUACGUUGAGAUUACCAAGUUUAGGGACAUUGAGGAAGUAAAGAUCUCCACUGCUUCAUUCCCGCUUUUGAGGAUCCCAUCUCUAAAGAUCAAGAACAGCCGAAGGAGAGAGAUAUUUGAGGCUAAUUUAAAAUCUGAGUGUGAACUGUGGAACCUGAUGGUCAAGGAGAUGUGGGCUGGGAGAAUGAUGGCAGACAACCAUAAGGACCCCCAGUAUGUGCAGCAGGCACUGACCAAUGUCCUGCUUAUGGAUGCAGUGGUGGCCUGCUUACAGACACAGAAGGCUGUUUGUGCUGCCUCCAAAUUGGCCUAUUAUGAAAAGCAACGGCAACAAGUGCCCAUGAUCAUCCCCAGACCCACAGCAGAGGCUCUGAAACACAAGAUCAAUCCGUCCCAGAACAUGACGAACCCUCAGUCUGUCGAUGUCUUGCUCUACACUCCAGGCCAGUUAACUUUCCCAGACAGAGAUGUGGAUGGAAACCCUAAGCUCUGGUGUGCCCUCAGCUGUGGGAAAGUGGUUGUGUUUGAUGCUGUCAGUUGGUCCCUGAAGCAAAACUGCAUUCAUUUAGGAGAAUCUCGACUGAACUGCAUGAUGGGAUUGGACCAGGAGCAGGUGUGGAUUGGUUCUCAGGACUCCGUCAUUUACAUAAUCAACACUUGCAGUAUGCUGUGCCAUAAACAGCUGACUGAGCACCGUGGAGAGGUCACAGACUUCGCCCUGGAGAAAAUGAACCCUGAGAACAGAUCAAGCCAAGCACAGGUGUAUUCCUGUAGUGCAGAUGGCACUGUGAUCAUUUGGGACGUCCCUUCUCUGAAGGUGAAGAGGCAGUUUCAUCUGUCCUGUGACAGACUGCAGUUCAUUCAAGUUUACAAUGAUGCCUUAUGGUGUGGUGCUAGGGAUUGUGUCAUGAAGCUGAGUCCCAGUGGAGCUCUGCUUUGUAAGAUUUCCCUCCCAGGUGAAGUGAAAACCACAUCCUUCAGCAGGGUCGCACUGCUUAUGGAGAAAAGACAGAUCUGGACAAGUUUCACAGACUCAGCAGAGCUUUGUGUAUGGGACUCCAGCGACCCCGUCAAACCACCUAAAUGGGUCAUACUCCCCAACUGUAGUGGGGUCACCUGUAUGAUCAGAGUGAAAGAUCAGGUCUGGAUUGGUUGUAGUGGUGGGUCAGGCCUCAGUAAGGUUGUGGGGAAGAUCUUUGUGUUGGACUCUGAGAGCCUGAUGGUUGAGAAGGAGCUUGAGGCCCAUGAAGACACUGUUCAAACUCUCUUCUCAGCAGAGGACCGAUACAUACUCAGCGGCUCUGCAAAACGUGAUGGCAAAAUCGCCAUCUGGAGAGUAGAUUAAACAAGCUGACACAACUUGAUUGUAAGUUUUAUCAGCUUCAUAAACAGGUGCAUCAGUAUAUGUGACAUGCAAGUUGUUCCUUAGCGGUCUAAACUUAGGGGAAGAGAUGUAUACGCAGUUUCCCUUAAAAAGUGUCAUGUAAUCCCAUUAGGCUUUGGUGAGAAGAGCUGUUUAUACUGGUUUUGAUUGGAGUUAGCCAAUGAUGGCACUAUGACAACCAACUAGAGUAUCCUGAAGGUUGCAAAAACUUAUCAUAAGAGAGUGAAACAACUACUUACUACAAGGCUUUUUUUUCUACAAAUAGUCCUAUGUUAAGAACGCUAAGAUCUCAACGGUCGCUGUGGAAAUAUAUUUUUGUAUUGCCUGAGUAUAAGCAAAGCUGUAAAAUAUCAAUAAGUUUAUUAUAUCUUUUGGAAUUAAUUUGAAAGCUUUCAGUCUUUUGAGAGCUGUUCUUAUUCCAAGAAAGCUGAAUAUAGAAUCGGGUGAGGUUUGUGGAGCUGCCAUGUACACAAUUUCCUGAAAAGCCCUGGAUCAAAGGGAAUUGAGGUCCAAACACCAGCACUGCCUGAGGAUGGACUGCAGCCAUAAUGAGUAGAUUGUGUAACAGUGUGCCAGUCCUUGUGGUGUCGCUGGAGUGGCUUGUAAGAUUGUAUGAAACCCUCUUUGAUAGACACUACUGUCUCGGUUUUUGUUAUUGUAGAUCUGUAUUUAUUUUAUAUCUGAAAUGUUUUAGGGAAUCUCACACAUGCCUGGGUUGUGUUAAAUAUCUUGUUUUUUUUGCUUCUUCUUUUUAUAAUUGCAUUAAAGGGUUAGUUCACCCAA